AUGUCAUAUUCCAAUCCUAGCUCCUAUGACUAUUACAACCUAUGUCAUGUUCCAACCCCCAGCUCCUAUGACUAUUACAACCUAUGCUAUGUUCCAACCCCCAGCUCCUAUGACUAUUACAACCUAUGUCAUGUUCCAACCCCCAGCUCCUAUGACUAUUACAACCUAUGCUAUGUUCCAACCCCCAGUCCCAAUGACCAUUACAACCUAUGUCAUGUUCCAACCCCCAGCCCCAAUGACCAUUACAACCUAUGCCAUGUUCCAAUACCCAGCCCCAUUGACCAUUACAACCUCUGCCAUGUUCCAAUACCCAGCCCCAAUGACCAUUACAACCUAUGCCAUGUUCCAAUACCCAGCCCCAUUGACCAUUACAACCUAUGCCAUGUUCCAAUACCCAGCCCCAUUGACCAUUACAACCUAUGCCAUGUUCCAAUCCCCAACCCCAAUGACCAUUACAACCUCUGCCAUGUUCCAAUACCCAGCCCCAUUGACCAUUACAACCUAUGCCAUGUUCCAACCCCAGCUCCCAUGACCCUUACAACCUAUGUCAUGUUCUAA